UAUGUAAACAAUUACCGCAGUACGAUUUUCUUUAGUUCCCCUCUCCAUUGAAAAUAAGUGAAACCAAACACUGCACUGAUUGUUAUAUAUAAGUAGACGCUGUAUAUAAAUUAUAAAAAAAAAUAACAAGUCUGUUUUUUGCGGAUUUGUCCUCGCUAUAUGCAUUGUAAACUUUGUAACAGAAUUUAUGGCAAGACUAGAUACACUUGAUCGCUAAUUAUAUGCAUAGAAUUAUAUAUAUACAUAUAUAUGCAUAAGAAAUUUGAUAUGACUUAUAUUGUUGAAUGUUUAAUCUACUUAUAUGUUCCAACAAAUCGUUUUGAAUUUCUGCUCAGGUAGCAGCUUUAUCCUGGAUAUAUAUUAUUGUUUUUCCGGUUAUCUGGAGACAGCUGUUUUGAAAAUUAUUGUAAAUACUAUUAUUCAUGCUGUGUUCCACUACUAUACCAUUUUGUUCCGCUUCAACAGCUGAUAGUUUGCACGGUAAUUGUUAAAUUUGUAUUUCCAAACAAAACGGCUUCGAUAAAUUUAAGCAAUGGGCGUUACUGUAUUGCUGCCAUAUCAGAUACCAGAAGGCAAAACUGGCGCUCAGGCUAUUGACUACCUCACCAAGCGGCUUUUGGCAUUGGGCGCAAUACACACCGGUCAAUUCCUGGUCGAUUGCGAAACAUACAUUUCCACACCACAACAUGGUCCUGCCAAAACUGUACAUGUACUACACGAUUCCGAAUAUCCCGCAUCCACAUUUUCCAUAUUAGACAACGGUGCUGGCAAACAAAUACCAUUAGUGGCAGACAACCUAUUCGAUUUACUCAUGCUGAAAAUGACUUCAGUCUACACAUCUAAAAAGCAAACAAAGAUUGAAUCAAAAGGUGCGCGUUUUGAAUACGGUGAUUUUCUUAUCAAGUUAGGUUCAGUCACAAUGAUGGAAAACUUUAAGGGCAUACUUAUUGAGAUUGAAUACCGACCAUGUGUGGUGCUUUCAUAUUGUUGGGAAAUGAUACGCGAAACAUUGCAAGGUUUUCUCGGUAUGCAAAUCGCCAAGGAGUAUCCAGCAUAUUUUUCACAACAAAUAAUGAAUACGAUGGGCCAACAGCAGAUACAUCCCAAACAAAACGAAGUGUACGAGCCGAUUGAUACGAUUAAUCAGUAUUUGGAAAGUUUCACAAAUUAUCGCAAACAAAAUGUGUUGCCUGUGGCAGGCGGUGCAUCGGGUGGCGCGGCAUCAGCGCAAAAUGCAGCGGCCAAUAUGCAGGGUGGCAAUCAACGCAUGCGGCUUUAGUGCUAAUAGUCGGCUUUGGGUUUGUGUUAAUUUUAAGUAAUGUAUUUAAAUUAAUUAAGUUAAGCAAUGAUGUAAUGUUAUAUCAGAAAAUAAAACAACAAGGUUUAAACUUUUUAUAAAUAAAAUGUUGUUUAUUUUCCACAAAA